AUGAAAUUAGAGCUCCUCGCCCUUAAAUGGGCUGUGUCUGAGAAGUUCAGGGGGUAUCUCUUAGGCUCCAAAUUCACAGUUGUGACAGAUAACAACCCCCUGUGCCACCUGAACUCAGCAAAGCUGGGAGCCAUCGAACAGCGCUGGGUUGCCCAGUUAGCACCAUUUGAUUUUGAGGUGCAGUAUCGCCCUGGUCGGUGUAACACAGCAGCCGAUACCCUCUCUAGGCAGCCAUUAGCAGGGGAGCCCCAGCCUGCAGGAGAUGAGGAGGAGUUUGAUGAAUGCAUAUCCAUCUGUAACCUAGUCAGCAGAGGGACAACACUUGGGCUGGAUUUAGUAAGUGCAGGUGUAAAAUGUUGUCAGGUGAGGCAGGCCCGGGUCACAGCAGUUGAGCAAGACACUCAUUUUACUGAUUCCCAAGGGAAUACACCCACUCUGCCAGGGUAUUCUAAGGAAGAGUUGCGACAGUUUCAGGGCUCUGACCCUACUAUCAAGUCCUUUAGACAGUUUUGGGACAAAAAGAAGAAACCCACACACCAGCAGAGGAAAGGUUUGGCUAAAUCUGUGAUUUCUCUGCUCCGCCAGUGGUCACGUAUUAUAGAGAUUGAGGGAUUGUUGUAUCGGGUCAUUGAGGAUGGACAUUUGGGGAGGUGUCAGCAGCUCCUUUUGCCAGCUUGUUUAAAGGAAGCAGUACUGGGGAGUGUGCAUGAUCAGAUGGGGCAUCAGGGGGUGGAGCGGACCCAGAAUCUGUUAAGGCAGAGAUGUUUUUGGGUUGGUAUGUAUGAAGAAGUGGACCAGUGGAUUAAGAAAUGCUAUAGAUGUGUGCUCACUAAGUUGCCACAGCCCAAGAUUCAUGCCCCUGUGAAGCCUUUUCUGGCCACUAGACCUCUUGAAGUGGUGGCAGUAGAUUUUAGUCUGCUAGAGCCGGCCUCAGAUGGACGGGAAAAUGUGUUGGUGGUUACAGAUGUUUUCACCAAGUUCACACAAGCUUUCCCUACACGCGACCAGAAAGCUGAUACAACUGCUAAGAUUUUGCUCAGAGAGUGGUUCAUGAGGUAUGGUGUACCAGAGAGGUUACAUUCUGAUCAGGGCAGAAAUUUUGAAAGUGAGGUGAUUCAGGAACUGUGCAAGUUAUAUGGGGUUAAAAAAAGCCGUACUACACCACAUCAUCCCCAAGGUAACGCACAAUGUGAACGUUUCAAUAGGACACUUCAUGACCUAUUGCGUACCCUCCCGCCGGACAAGAAACGCCGUUGGCCUGAGUAUUUGCCAGAAUUGGUCUAUGCGUACAAUGUGACUCCCCAUGCCACCACAGGUCACUCGCCGUAUUACCUCAUGUUUGGAGUGCACCCCCACCUUCCUGUAGAUGCUUUACUAGGUCAGGAGCAGGUGCUUGAUAAGAAACAUGACUGGCUGAUUGUGCAUCAGCAGCGCUUAAAUGAAGCACAUAACAGGGCAAGGCAGUACACUGAGCAGAAAGCAGCAGAAAGGCUUGAGUUGGACAAAACCCGGGUCUAUUGCCCUCCUGUUGAAAUAGGUCAGUUUGUGUAUCUGCGACACUGGCCUCAAGGCAGGAACAAAAUUCAAGACGCCUGGAGCCCUGUGGUUUAUAGGGUUGUCGAAGUCCAGGGCAGCACACAUACGGUGGAGCCUGUGGAGGGUGGGCCAGUAAAACGGGUUCACAGAGCUAACCUUAGACCUUGUAUUGGCCCCAUUCCUGCGCCCAGGAAAAAGAAAAAUAAUGAGUCCUCUGUGAUAGCGGGUCCUAUGACAGAAGAGAAAACAGGCUGUUCAGAUUCAGAUCCUGAGUAUGUGUUGUUAGGAGAAACCUCAUACCCAAUUGCAGAACAGGGGUCUGUUGGAGACAGGGAAGCAGUUCAAAGCAGUGGCGUUUUAGAGUCUGUAAACACUGAUGAUGCUUGUGUUCCUGCACCGUCUGCCUCUGAGCAGGUGUCCACACCAGAGACAGUUGCUGCUGAAACCAACGGGGAUAUUGGGGUCAUUACACCAACGCCAGUGCCCCGUCGGAGUAAGAGAGCUAAUGCUGGAGUGCAUUCAAACCCUUACAAUGUCCCUGUAUCAGCAUGUCAUGCCAUCACUUUGAGCCCGGAGGUACUGUCUCAGUUGUUGACUAAUAUGGGUACUGCCCUCUUUAAAGAAGCAGUGCAUGAGUUGAAAUGUACCAAUUGAGUCACCGGGGACGUUGACUCUUAAGCAGGGGAGAAUGUAGCCAGGUGGAAGGUCAAUAUUAUGGGACAUGCCACUGGAGGGCGCUGUUUCUUUUGGGGUACCUCUUGGAGCGCAAGGGAUGAUGGGGAUCUACGGAGACAUUCACAGAAGUGCUAGCUGGCAUUGGUGUUAUGUCGGUGUGCAAGGCCGUUUUUCACUGCGUGAUCUGUUUUAAAUACAAAGUGUGGAACAGUUAAGGCACCAGGAGUUGCUGCAACCAACUUCACUGUUCAUCUCAGAGGGAUCUGUAUUCCGUUUUCUGCUGGAUUAAUGCACUCAGGAGAAGCCACUACAGUUAUUUUUGCACUGCUAAGUUUGUUGUAUUUCUGUAUGGGUUUAUAUCAGUCACAAAUUGACACUAGACAUCCUUGAGUUCCAGACGCUGAUAAAGUUGGGGAAAUAACCUGCAGUAGCAGUAGGUUACCAGUGCACAAAGCUGUUACUGGAUAAGAACUGUCUGUAACAAUUUUAUUUCUUUGUUUUUACAACCUUUUUUAUUUUCUUCUGAGCGCUUACCUUAUCAUUCAGA